GCUGAACCAUUUUGGAUGAUGAGUUAAUUAUUUUGGAAGUUCUUUCAUAGUAGUGAGAGUAAAUGUCUUUCCGAAGUAUAGUUAAUGACGUGAGGGAUGCUAUCGGGAGCUUUUCUAGGCGGCGGAGUUUUGAGGUGAGGUUGCCUGGUCAUCAUGAUAAGCCCGUGGUUAUCCAGAAUAGCUGCUGGGCGAGCCUUCCGCCUGAGCUGUUGCGCGAUAUGAUCAAGAGAUUAGAAGCCACUGAGAGUACUUGGCCUGCUCGCAAGCAUGUUGUAGCUUGUGCUUCAGUAUGCAGGUCAUGGAGGGAGAUGUGCAAAGAAAUUGUUAGAUGUCCGGAGUUCUCUGGGAAAAUCACCUUCCCAGUUUCUAUGAAGCAGCCAGGGCCAAGGAAUGGAAUCGUUCAAUACUUCAUUAAGAGAGACCAUUCUAAUUUAACUUAUCAUCUUUUCCUUUGCCUUAGUCCAGCUUUGCUUGUUGAAAAUGGGAAGUUUCUUCUUUCUGCAAAACGGACUCGUAGAACAACUUGCACAGAGUAUGUAAUCUCUAUGGAUGCAGAUAACAUAUCGAGAUCUAGUAGCACAUACAUUGGAAAAGUGAGGUCAAAUUUUCUAGGUACCAAAUUUAUAAUAUAUGACAAGCAACCUCCAUACAAUGCUCAACUUUUGCCACCUGGCCGAAGUCGCAGGUUCUAUUUGAAAAAGGUCUCUCCAAAGGUUCCAACCGGUAGCUACAACAUUGCUCAGGUCUCAUACGAGUUAAAUGUGCUAGGUACUAGGGGGACACGCAGGAUGCACUGCACUAUGCUCUCUAUUCCUGCCUCUGCACUUAAGCCAGGCGACAUUGUUCCCGGCCAGCCAGAGCUUCUGCUUCGAUCCCUUGAAGACUCGUUUCGGAGCAUCUCUUUCUCAAAGUCAAUGCUCGAUAAUUCAUCUGAAUUUAGUAGUGCUAGAUUCUCAGAUAUCAUUGGAACCCAUGAUGAAGAGGUAAAGGAGCGACCAUUGGUUCUCUGGAACAAGCCGCCACGAUGGCAUGAGCAAUUACAAUGUUGGUGCCUGAACUUCCAAGGACGGGUGACGGUUGCAUCAGUCAAGAAUUUUCAGUUGAUUGCCGCAAAUGAAGCAGCAGGCAGUGCCCCAGCACCAUCAGAAGCAGCACAGGAGCAGGAUAAGAUUAUUCUCCAAUUCGGUAAAGUUGGGAAGGACAUGUUUACCAUGGAUUACAGAUAUCCCCUCUCUGCAUUUCAGGCUUUUGCCAUCUGCCUCAGCAGCUUUGACACCAAAUUGGCAUGUGAAUAGAUGA